AUGAAACUCCUCUCAGAAGGGGCCGACGCUGUUCCUGCAGCGGAGCCCAAGGGGCAGGACAAAAAGAAAUUCAGAGUCAUUACGGUAGGCAAGAAACAGCUGCCGGAUCCCGAUAGUGGUGGAAGCGGCCGAGGAAGGAAGGAGACAUUCUGGGCGACUGUCAGUGCCGUUGGAGAUGACCUACAUAAGCUGGAGAGUGGUCUCGGGGAGAAGGAAUACGAGACCAAGACUAGAGGCACCAGACAUGAAGGACCAGCUAGAUUAGUCGGUCGCGGCGCAUAUGCCAUCGUCAAUAAUGAUCCAUCGACCCCUUCCAAGAGGGAAACUCACCUUGGUUAUCAUCUUUCGCACCCAUCUCCAUCCCAGCUCGGUGAAGUCCAGCACGAGAUGCGUAUAUAUUCCGCUUCCUCGUUCAUCAUCCAAGUUCGCAAUCCCCUGGCACCCGUGAGCGGUGGUCAGAGGGUCGGUUUACCUCAGGGCAGGCGAGCGGAAUAUCCGGAACAGGUCAUGAAGGAAGUAUUUGGGCAAGGCACCAGAGGUACAGAGGCAUAUGGAUUGCGUUUCUCAGGCGUCACCCGGCCGGAACUGCUAGACUACGAAGGGGCAGAACUGCUUCUGAUCGGAGCAAGGUCUGGUGAAGAUGGGCUGGAAACGAGCUUGGGCGAAGGUAGAGGAAGCGCAUUAAACGAGACUGCGGAGAAAGAAAAGGAUGAGUCAAUUCAAGACGUCCUCAAGGAACUCGCUAUGGACGAGGAGAAGAUCCCCGCAGAGCCUUUGAAAGGCGAAUGGCUGUAG